AACCGCUGCUUCAGAGAAUAUUUCCAUUUCUACCCCUUCCUCCCCUUCGCCUCCCUCUCCGCCGCCGCCGCCGCCGCCGCAGCCAUGGCGACGCGGCGAUGCCUCCUCCGCCUCCUCUCGCGCCGCCUCCUCGCCCACACCCCUCAACCCGCGUCGCUGGCCUCGAUCGCGACGCGAACCCUAGCCUCCUUGGCCAAGCCCCUCGUGCCGCAGGCAUCCCGCGUCCUCGCCUCCCCCCGCCUCUUCCCCUCGCGCUGCCACUACGCGUCGAACCGAUCCUCCGGCGACGAGGAGGAGGGGGACGACGACGAUCACUACGACGAGGAGGGGAGCGGGGAUGAGUGGGGGGAGGAGGAGGAGGAGGCCGUGGCGGCGAAGCCCCCCAGCGGGAAGACGGAGGAGGAGAAGGUGGCGGAGGCGGCGGAGAUAGGGUACACGGUGGUUGGCCCGCUCGGUGCCGACGAGAAGCCCUUCAAGCCCUACGAGCCCGUGUUCGCCGUCGUCCAGAUUGGUUCGCAUCAGUUUAAGGUGAGCAAUGGCGACUCGAUCUUCACGGAAAGGUUGAAGUUUUGCGAUGUGAAUGAUAAGUUAAUUUUGAAUCGAGUUCUCAUGCUUGGGUCACAAUCUCAAACAGUCAUUGGGAGGCCAACUCUUCCUGAUGCUACUGUUCAUGCUGUCGUUGAGGAGCAUGCCCUAGAUGCAAAGGUUAUCAUAUUCAAAAAGAAAAGAAGAAAAAAUUACCGUCGAACAAAGGGCCAUCGUCAGGAAUUGACAAAGCUGAGAAUAACCAACAUUGAAGGAAUAGAUAAGUCAGAGGCCACUGCUGUUGCUGCUUAAAUUAAGAUGAAUAAUGAAGGAACAUGGCUUCAUGCCCAGGCAGUCCUUCAUACUGGUUUUAGUGUCCAAUCAAAUCUUGAUGCGGCGUGCUGUUGCUUAUUGUCAGUCACUGAUUGAAAGAACCAUAUCUGAAGGUCUUGUCUAUGUAUCCACAUUUUGGGAACGGGCCACUCAAGCUAUGCCCUUUCUCACAAUGCCAAUGUCUUGACCAGUUUGGAUAUUCUGAUGUGGAUCACAUCUUGUAGUUACAGCCAAACUAACUUUUUGUUUUCUUUCUCCAUUUACUAGCGUACCUCCUUGAAUGUGUUCCAAUGCAUCAGUGCCAUGUAUACCGUUCUAGCCAUGAAUAAUGAAACUGAAAGUUUGUGGUUCCCAUCUAUUUAGAAAUCUGAACUGAAAUUGUACAUGCUUAUGCUAAUACAACCAGAUGCGAUGAUAUAUAAAUAAUA